AAUCCCAGCCACAAAUCGACCCAAAACCGAUCAAAAAGAACAAGAGAGCCGCGCUGGCCUGUACUGUACAAGAUACCCUUGCACCGCCAAAACAGAACACACACCAACCAAAAAGCCACCCGAUAAAACACAGAGCACCCACCGGCGGCGGCAGCAGCAGCGAUGCUCCUGGCGCGCGUGUCCCCGGCCUUCCUCCCCUCCACCUCUUCCUCCUCCCCAUCCUCGUCGCAAGCGCCGGCGCCCUCCGCGUCCUUCGGGAGGAGCAGCCAGCGGCGCGUCGGCGGCGGCGGCGGCCUGGCCUCCUCCUUCCCCGCGGCCGCUUCACCGCACCGCGCGGCGAGGCGGUACGUUAUGGCGGCAGCGGGAACGGUCCCGGCGGCGAAGCUCGAGGAUGCCGACGCGCUCAUCGACUCCGUCGAGACGUUCAUCUUCGACUGCGACGGGGUGAUCUGGAAGGGCGACAAGCUGAUCGACGGCGUGCCGGAGACGCUCGACUUGCUCCGAUCAAAGGGAAAGAGGCUGGUGUUCGUGACGAACAACUCGACCAAGUCGAGGAAGCAGUACGGCAAGAAGUUCGAGACGCUGGGACUAAGUGUCGAUGAGGAAGAGAUCUUCGCCUCAUCCUUCGCAGCUGCCGCGUACCUGCAGUCCAUCGAUUUCCCCGAGGACAAGAAGGUUUAUGUCAUUGGAGAGGAAGGGAUCCUGAAGGAGCUGGAGCUGGCUGGAUUUCAGUACCUCGGUGGACCCACAGAUGGAGACAAGAAGAUAGAGCUGAAGCCUGGUUAUUACAUGGAGCAUGACAAAGAUGUCGGGGCAGUUGUGGUCGGAUUUGAUCGCUACUUUAACUACUACAAAGUUCAGUACGGGACACUCUGCAUACGUGAGAAUCCAGGGUGCCUUUUCAUUGCGACAAACAGGGACGCCGUCACCCAUCUUACUGAUGCCCAAGAAUGGGCAGGUGGCGGAUCAAUGGUUGGUGCUGUACUUGGCUCAACUAAACAAGAACCUCUCGUUGUCGGGAAGCCAUCGACUUUCAUGAUGGACUAUCUGGCAAAAAAGUUCGGAAUCACAACAUCCCAGAUAUGCAUGGUGGGUGACCGGUUGGAUACUGACAUCUUGUUUGGCCAAAAUGGAGGCUGCAAAACUCUCCUUGUUCUCUCAGGUGUGACUUCUCUUCAGACGCUUCAGAGCCCCGACAACUCGAUCCAGCCAGAUUUCUACACAAACCAGAUCUCUGAUUUCCUCACACUGAAGGCAGCAACAGUCUGAAGAAACAUCAUGGAACUGUGUUUUAGCUGGGCCAUCAGCCUUGCUUUUGUAUAGGCAGCACCAGCCAAAUUUUAGCAGCUAAGAAAACAAGAAGAAUGUUUUGUUUCACAUUGUUUUGUAUUCAUGAGACAGAUGCUUGUAUGUAACAUUAUAAAAGCACAUAUCACAAAGGAUGUUGAGAAUUGCUUCAAAA